CCUUCGUUUCAGAACAGAUAAGGGCUGUUCCUCCCCCAAACAAAGGGCUAAACCAUAGCUGACCGCGUUGCAGUCAGUGUGACAUUUUGCAGGUGAAGCUGUGGAAGAGAGCGAGGAGGAUGGAGACUAAAGAGUUUCAGGACGUGCACGGCGGGAAGAUCACGCUGCACCAAGAAGCCCACAGCGGCUCCUGCAGGGAAUUCAGUGUCGUCUGUCCCAAGCUGUCAAUUCGAUCCGUAACGUCAUCCACCUGUGCAGUAUGGCUCGUGGCAUACGCUGUAUUCGCUUGCACGGAGAACACACUUGUUUUGUCUGCUGCAAUCAUGUGCACCAUUUUUGGCCUGCUACUCUACCUCCAUUUCAUGAAGAUUGACCAGGAGUCUGUACUGCUCAUCGGCAGCCUUGGAAUUCAGUUGACAACCUCAUUUGCGUCGGGUAAAGAAAGCACAGUGUUCAUAGAAAUGUGCAGAGUUAAAGAUGUUGUUAUCAAUGAAGCAUUCUUUAUGCAAAAGGUUGUCUACUACUUAUGCAUACUGCUUAAAGAUCCCACAGACCCAAAAGGAAUUUCAGAAAUUGUGCCUGUGUUUCAGAGCUCCAAGCCCCGAAUGGAUUGUCUGGUAGAGGUUUACAGAAGUUGUCAGGAGAUCUUAUCUGUAAAGAGCUGUAAAGAAGAAAAUACAGACUAACCUUGGAUAUGAUGGAAACUGUGUAGUAAAGUGACACACAAUUGUAGGAGAUCCUGUUCCAUUUAUUUUCUAUUGCUUGCUUGAGAGUCAUAACUUUGAAUGCAGGACAUUCUCGUUGGGAUUUACAAUUACGGUAUUCCCAAGGUUGGAUUUAGGUUACUUAAUUUAGUUAAUUUAAAUUGAUCUUAAUUAACUUAAUUUUAGUUAAUUUAUGUAACUGUCAGAAGAAUUCAAUAUUUACUAUGAUGUUCAGAAUUUUAAAAAAAUCUACAAAGCUUUAAUUGAUAUUUUAUUCCAUUUAUAUUUUCACUUGCUUAUGAUUUUUUUUGGAUUUGACUCUUUCUCCUUUGGAUGAAUAUACUGGAGUCUGUGGAAGGGUUUUCUAUGACCAGUGAUCAGCAUUUAAGGGGCUAUUAUUAUACUGGUUACAGUUUCUGAGGCAAAUCCUGAGGUGCCGUUAUUAUGCUGGUUACAGUUUCUGAGGCAAAUCCUGAGUAAUUUCUAUAAAUACAUAAAUACAUUCUUUCUAGGCUUACGUGUAACAUAUUUGCCAGUUUUUGUGAUAAGCUGUUUUAUGGUACCCAUUUCUGUUUAUGGUUUCAGUAAUGUGAUCCGUUACAUUGUGCCCACACUUUCUUGGAGCCAGAUGUCCAGGCAAAGGGGAUAUAUGUUUUUUAUGCUUUAUUGUCUUUAUGUAGUGUGGGUAAAAGUAACUGUAGGGUUACUGCAUUUUACAAAAUCCACCAGUAAAAUCAAUUGUCAGAAAACUGAUGGACAAAAAAACAACACAGAGAGGAGCCUUAGGAGAGGGCUUUCUUUUUUGACAGAGAGCCGACCUGAACCUGCCCAUCACUAUUAGGUGCUGAAGUAGGCCAUCAGUCGCCUUAUUAAAGCUCCAAACAAGUGAGGAACACCAAAACUAAGGUGCUGUAAAAUAUGCUCUAGUAUAUCGAAGAGUUUUUCUCUACUUCCAUGGGCAGACUGAGUAAUGGCCAUUAUUUGCUAGUACUUACCUGUUCUUAAUUAAGGGAUUGUCAUGCACAGCAUAAAAGUAGAUCCCGGGAUUAAAAAUAGCCUGUAUAGCUCUGAAAAGGAAAAUAAAUGAGUAAGAUAGACCCAAGCCACAGUUUAAAUUCUAUUCUGGCAGCUGCAGUGCAAGAAGUUUAAAUAAUGAAUGAAUAAAUGCACAAAUAUUAAAAGAACAAACAAAGAACAAUUGCAGAUUUGUACUGUGUAUCGCUGUGUACAUCAUACUAAAUAUUUAGUUCACACUGCCCAUUUCAGUGUCUUUCCUGUUUCAGUUUGCACUGCUGCACUACCAGUAAGCUUUCCCCUUAAGCUGGCCGUAGAUG